AUGGCGGAGAAGGCUUUGAACGAUAAAACCAACCUCCAAACGAGAGGUCCAUACCAGGGUGAUGACAAAAAUUGUUUACCAGGUCCCACGAAAAAAUCGAAUGCCAGCAGUGUGUCAAAGGUUCACGAGGAUAAAAGCGUGCGACCUAAGGAGAAGGUGGACAGCUGGAAGAUUACGAAGAGCAGUUCACCCGGAAAGACCCAUUACAUCGGUCCGAAAGACAUUGCUGGCCACUUUGGAAAGAGGCAAGACGGAAGACAUCAACAUGGGCAGGGAGGCCAAAGGCAGCAAAGUGGAAGCAGGGUAGGAGGAAGACCACACUCUUCAAAAACACCAUCAAAGACUGGGUCAAGCGGAAGGGCGGUAGACGUUGAAGGUUGCGGAACCAGCGUCGGUACGAAUCAUCAGCCUUCUCAACGUGGCAGUCGCUUAGUAUUUCCCCCAGGAUCAAAGGACAAGCGUAUGUUUCGACCUAUCAGCUUACAGUUCUUAAACCAGCUCCUUCGGAUGGAGCCUUCAGAGGCAGCAAUUCAACUUGGUUCAUUGAAAGGAAGUUUUAUGGCAGGACUUGAAGAGGAGAACAUGGAUGCCAAUAAACAGCGCUUAUUUUGGGAUGUUCUUGCCCAUAUUUCUGAUAAUGUUGGUGUAGCCAGUACUGUCAUUAUGCUACUUACGGUGGCCGUUGGCUCUAAACUCCUUAACAUACACCUACCACUUCGUCUGAUCCAUCUGAGGGAGAGGGCACACCAAGGAGGUACACGCGAGUGUCUAGGUUUUAUCGCUGUACUCGUCACAGUAUUUGGAUCGAUGAUCUCCAGCAUACCCAGCCGGGCUGCAGAAAUCAAGGUACCCUUGGUUCUCAUGACAGACGUCGUGAACGCAAUGGAUGAAGAAUCGACACAGGACAUCAAGCCCUCUCUCGUUGCCCUGGUGCAAUAUAUUGAGUCUGUUGAAGCGGAGAAAGAGUUCACGCGCCAGAAGCAUCGGAAUGCUUCAUCUAAACCACCGCCAGAUGACUUCCGACAGCAGAGUAUUCUUCCAACUUAUCAAGAGCUCACACCAUCUUAUCGACCAUACUUGAGGCCUCAUAUAGUUAAUGGAGUUUACCCUAACGCGGAUCAUUACUUUGACGUACACUUCAGGCUCAUGAAAGAGGAUUUCAUCCAGCCUCUCAGAAGUGGUUUGGGGGAAUACCUUCACAACAAGCAAGUUCAUCCAGAUAAUAGGGUUAAGGUCAAUGAUAUUCGGGUCUAUGAGAACGUGGAACUGGUCCGACCCAAAACGGACAAUUCGGGUGUUUCCUAUUUGAUGUCAUUCAAGAGGCUACCUCAUGUCAGAUGGGAAAUGUCGAAGCGUUUGAUUUAUGGCUCACUAGUCCUAUUGUCGGAAGAUGAAUUCAAGACCUACAUUCCAGCCACUGUAGCAAACAGCGAAGCAAAGCAACUUGCACGUGGGUUGGUUGACCUACGCCCUAUAGAUACAGGAAUGUCAUCUAUUGUUGACAAAACAUUUGUCAUGGUGGAAUCAACAGUUUUCUUCGAGGCAUAUCGACAUGUCUUGGUCGGCCUACAACGGGUAAGCCCUGCAACCUUUCCAAUGGCAGAGCAUAUUCUUGACCUUAAGCCCGACAUAAAGCCCCCUACCUACCUAAUGCAACUGAGCCAUCCCAAACUUGACGUGUCGAACCUAAUGGUUGACCGAAACCAGAGGAACAACGCUCGUGACAUCUCUAUGACUAAACUUGAGAAGGCUGCAUCUCGAGUCCAGUCCCAGCACAAACGUAGUCCGAAACAUGUUGGUCUGAAACAACACGAAAUUGACACCCCCUUUCCUAUAUCAGUUCUAAAUGGUGAUGCCUGGCCUGCAGCUGAAGAAACAAAUCUGAAUCCAUCUCAGCUAGAAGCAGUAAAAGCAGCACUCACACAGGAACUGUCCCUGAUUCAAGGACCUCCUGGGACGGGAAAAACGUAUAUCGGAUUGAAAAUUGUGGAAACACUCCUCAAGAACAUGCAUUGCUGGUCAGAUGAAGAAACAGGUCCUAUCCUUUUGGUAUGCUACACAAACCAUGCUUUGGAUCAAUUUCUACUCGGUAUCAUGAAAUUUCAGGAUACAGGCAUCAUUAGAGUUGGAAGCCGAAGCAAGUGCAUAGAACUGGAACAGCACAAUCUAAAACAAGUCAUUCGAGAGCAACGUUUCAAGAAGGAUAUGAGCAAUGAGUACAUCAAACGCCGUGCUGGGAAUGUCAGACAAGAAACUACCUUUGCAAAGGAGGCUCUUGAGGACUUCCAAACCAGAAUCCGGUUGAGUUCCCAGGGUAUUCUGAGAGAGACGGAGUACAAGUGCUUUCAUAUUAUGUCUGAUGAACACUUCAACAGUAUGAUGAUGAUAGAGAGACUGGGGCAUGUCGAUUCAUGGAUGAUAGAAUGGCUUGUUCCUGAUGAUGAGAUUGUGAAGGACUUUGCUCAAAAUCACAAUGAAGCGAUCACAUGUGGCAACAAAGACGAGGAAAGUAAAGGAAACGACACUCAGGAAGUUGAAACAACGGUAGAAAGUAUCGAAGUGGAGAAUGAACGAAAAUUGGUCGAGGCACAGCGAGUGAUCGAUGAUGAUCUAGAAGAUGAUGAAAUUCCUGAAGUGGAGGUUGUUAAGAACCAGUUUCCGCUAGCAGUUUAUUUCGACGAUCUCAUGUCAUCGGUUUACAUGAACAGGAGACAGAACAGCUUUCUUAGGGAAAAGAUUUCCAUGCAAAUGAAAAUGCACGUGAAUCAAGUUUCAAACGUUAGGGACGUUUGGCGGCUUGAUAUUCACCAACGUUGGGGCUUGUACCAUUACUGGUUAAGCGAGUAUAUGGCGCUACUCGAAGCAGAGAUCCCAGUACUCCAGAAUAAGUACACUCAAUUAUGUGCCGAGCUGCGAGAAACAAAUGACCUCGAGAAAUGCUUGGUACUGCAACAAGCUACGAUAGUUGGUAUGACCACUACAAGGGCCGCUAGUGAGCGCGAAGUACUACAAAGAGUUAAACCAAAGAUCAUCAUUGUUGAGGAAGCCGCAGAAGUGCUAGAGUCACACAUAAUCACAUCGCUACAUUCUUCCUGUCAGCAGCUAAUCCUGAUUGGUGAUCAUCAGCAACUCCGCCCAAAUCCACAUGUUUACCAACUAGCAACCAGAUUUCACCUCGAUGUGUCCAUGUUUGAACGACUGGUAAAGAAUGGAUUCCCCUUCAAGAAACUCAAGCAGCAGCAUCGUAUGAGGCCUGAAAUAUCAUCUUUGAUGAGAGAACACUUCUACCCAGAGCUGGAAGACAACGAAUCAGUGUAUACGUACAUAGACGUAAAAGGAGUGGAGAAAAACGUCUUCUUCCUCGAUCACACCAACGGCGAGGGACAUGUAGGCGAGACAAUGAGUCAUUACAAUCUCCAUGAAGUUGACUUCACGGUGGCAUUGUGUAAGUACCUUCUGAACCAGGGUUACGAGCCGAAGCAGAUAACCAUACUCACUGCUUACACUGGACAACUACUGAAGUUCAAAGAGAAAAUGGACAAAGCUACAUUUAAAGGAGUCACGUCCGAAUGGGAAGAUAGGUUUCCUGAACAUCGCAAACAGAGUGUGCGUGUCGCUGUCCAGAGCAAAGCAAGGGCUGUAUUGCAUGGGAAAUUUUACCCUCUACUCUGA